AUGGAGGCGGCGGCGGAGCUGGCGCUGCGCCUCCGGGCGGCCGCCAACGACCGCCUGGCGCGCUACGAGCCGCUGGCGCUCGUCGCCGCGCCGCUCCUCGCGCUCCUCGUCGCGCGGGCCCUCCACGCCGCCGCCAACGCCGUCGCCGACCGCGGGCUCGUCGCCAUCGCCAUCGCCGCCGUCAAGUUGCUGCCGGGAGUCUCCGGCUACAUCGCGGCGGAGAAGAAGAAGGUUGUUGAUAAGAUGCAAUCCGGCGGUGGGGCCAAAAACGAUCGGCGAGCUGAGUUGCCAACUAUUGGCCUUGCCGAGCAAGUGAUGGAGGAACUUGAAACACUGAAAUCCAAAGAUGUAGACUGGCAGGGAAAAUGCUCUGGCACCGUAUAUAUUGCUGGAAGUGAGUCUGAGGGCCAUUUUGAAUUGAUAAACAAGGCGUACUCUAUGUUUUCACACACCAAUCCGCUCCAUCAAGAUGUAUUCAAGAGUGUGGCAACCAUGGAAGCUGAAGUAGUUGCAAUGACAGCUGCUUUACUUGGCAGCAAAGAAAAAUCAUCUGGUGGACAAAUUUGUGGCAACAUGACAUCAGGUGGAACUGAAAGCAUAUUAUUAGCAGUCAAAACAACACGUGACUAUAUGCGAUCAAAGAAAGGAAUUACAAAGCCUGAAAUGAUAAUGGCUGAAUCAGCACAUUCUGCGUAUGACAAAGCUGCUGAAUACUUCAAUAUUAAAGUGCGGCGUGUACCUGUGAACAAAGAGUUUCUUGCAGAUGUGAAAGGAUUCAAACGAUGCAUAAAUGGAAACACCAUAAUGAUGAUUGGAUCUGCACCAGAAUUUCCGCAUGGUUUAAUCGAUCCUAUUGAGGAACUUGGGGAACUGGCUUCGCGCUAUGACAUUUGCUUGCAUGUUGAUUUAUGCCUUGGUGGCUUUGUACUGCCUUUUGCUCGUAAGCUUGGGUACCCUAUUCCUCCUUUUGAUUUUUCUGUCAAGGGUGUUACGUCAAUCUCAUCAGAUGUUCAUAAGUAUGGAUUAGCACCAAAAGGCACAAGCAUUGUCCUGUACGGAAAUCAUGAAAUUAGAAAGCAUCAAUUUGUUGCUGUUACUGAGUGGACCGGUGGGCUUUAUGUUUCUCCCACUAUGGCUGGAAGCAGGCCAGGUGGAUUAAUUGCGGGAGCUUGGGCUGCUAUGAUGUCUCUCGGACUGAAUGGCUACUUGGACAGUACAAGCCGUAUCAUGGAAGUUUCGAAGAAAAUACAAAGAGGGAUUGGAGAGAUCCCAGGGUUGUUUGUGAUUGGGAAACCAGAUAUGACCGUUGUGGCGUUCGCCUCAGAUGUUGUCGACAUAUUUGAGGUGAACGACAUACUGUCAUCAAAAGGUUGGCAUCUCAAUGCUCUGCAGAGACCUAACAGUUUGCACAUUUGUGUGACCCUUCAACACACGACUAUUUACGACCAAUUCCUGAAGGAUCUGCAAGACUCUGUGAACACUGUGAAAGCAAACCCAGGCCCUAUUAGCGGUGGAAUGGCUCCUAUCUACGGCGCCGCAGGGAAGAUGCCAGACAGAGGCACGGUGAGGGAGCUGCUUGUGGAGUUCAUGGACAGCUCUUGCUGA